GUGAAGGCGGGGAGGAACUGGCUCGGUUAGGCAGCCGAUUAGCAACAAACAGAAGGUUACGAGUUUGAUAAUUCGGACUGUGCGACCACCGGACAGGCUUUACGGGGACGGGACCGGAGUUAACUAUGUCGGGAUUCUAAUCGGAGCAUGUUGAAUCGCUUUUGAGUGGGCCCAGUGCGGGAUAUUUACAACAGUUGACGGCUGAGUGCGGAGACAACCUCGCUUUUUAGGUCGUCGGAGUGGCGAUGCUGAGCCCAUAGCUGCGUCAUCAUGUUGCUUCUUCCGACUCGAGUUGUCGAAAAGAAAUCUCAAGUUAACGCCGGAGGUGAGGCUGCUCGCCGUCUUACAGCCGCGGAGGCCACUCCCGGACUCUGAAGUGGAUGGAAUACGGGCUGCUGGUGAGGAGUGGUCGGCGGUGAAAAGCCUGUGUGCGCGGUCGCUGUGAAACUGGUGACUUUACAUCACUUGGCGCGUUUACUCUCGGGCUGAAUUUAUUAUCUCCAGUUGGAUGGACAGUCGGACAUAAGUGAUGUUGAUGUUGCGUAACGUUUAAAACACACAGAAGAAGCGUACAGAACAGAAAGUACAACUAUGGUAAAGAAAAUAAACAUUUUUAAGGAUGUAAGCGUUAGCUUGGAACAGUGAUGAUUGACUCGGGUACAAAGCAGGACCCUCCAGUGACAUGCUGCUGAUCUCAGCAUCUGACAGAGACUGAAAAACAAAGCAGGUGCAGGAGGUUAUGAUGUUUACCUUACGCUAACUGACUGUACGGCUACAGAGCCAGGCUGUUUUUGGGGUGUGGAGGAGUGUUUGUUGGGGUUCAUUUUUGGGUCUGGUGUCUGCUGUCACCACAUCCACGUGGACUUUGUCUGAGGACGGUGGGUAAAGUUUAGCUCGCCGCCGUGACAAGAAGAGAAGGGGGUUCGUUUAAUCUACACAAAAGCAGGGGUGUCCGGCUUUAUAUAAGUUGUAUUUUUUUUAAAUUAGAAAAAUGGCUGGCGAUUGCACCCACAUCACCACUCGUUACACAAAGUCUGAGACGUUUUGUCCGUCCAAACACUGGUCGAAUGGAGACAGGGAGAGACCCAGGAAUGUGAAUGUGUCAGUCGGCGAUCCACACGCGCUUGGACCCUCCACACUCCUGUCGCCCAACUUUGAGGUGAUAGACGGGAUACUCUACCGCAAGAAACUGGAGAAGGGCUUCAUCAACUACCGGGAGGUUUUGGAUGAGGACCGGCGACAUGAGGCCAUCUCCACCUUUCACCGGCGUCGGCCUGGCCAGCGCCACCUUUCCCUGGAGGAAACCUACAAAUGUGUGGCUGAAAACUACUGGUGGGAUGGGAUGUAUUUCCAGAUCAGAGAUUUUGUCCUGGGAUGUCUAGAGUGUCAGAGCCACUGUACCAAGAAAACAGAGACGAGUGGCAGAGGAUGUGUCACAAAGACAGUGGUGUCGCACAGUGAGGACAUGCUGAGCAAGUUGAGAAGUCAGCGGGAGGCGGGGCUGUUCUGUGACAUCACCCUGCGGACUAACGGCCGAUCUUACUCAGCUCACAGAGCUGUCUUGGCAGCCGUCAGUGAUCACUUCCAGGAAAUCUUUACAGAGAUGGACUCGAGCAUCAAAACAGACAUAGAUCUCACUGGUUUCAGUGAGGACAGCCUUCUGUCAUUGCUGGAUUUCUCUUACUCCUCCACUCUGUGUGUUCGCCGGGAGGACUUACCUGAGGUCAUUGCCAUGGCCCGCCACCUGGGCAUGUGGCCUGCAGUUGAAGCCUGCUCAGCCCUCAUGAAGGAGCAGGAACAGCAACUUCAUCCCCGAAAAGGCUUUAACUUGGCCUGUGCUGGUGCAUUCCAUGAGCGUCGUCACCAGCAGAGGGAAAGCAAAAGGAAACGAGUUUUAGAACUAGAGGACAAUAUUAGGGGUGGCUUUAGUCUGAUGCUGGAUGCAUCAGAUGAGUCUUUAGAACAUAGUCCCAGGCACAACUUGCGCAGAAAACCCCAAAGUCACAACGGCCUCCCUGUGAGUCCCUCACACAGGAUGAAGCUCAUGGACUUCAAGUCUCCGUCUUUAAAGAAAGCUGCUAUACCUCGACACACCACAGCCAACCUUCAGUCACAGAAUUACUCACCCAUACCUCCAUCAAACGCACGUCUUCUCCGUUCCUCUCCGGGUGCUGCAAAGGAGGUUCGGAGGUUUCUGCCCAUGCCUGAGAGCCCGCGACGAAACAAAAAAUCUCACUCUGUCACUCUGCACUCAUGCUCCUCCAGAUCAAAGCCCACUGGGGCAUGCAGUCCUAUAAGGGUGAAGCAGGAAGUAGUGGAGAUCGGAGAAGAUGAGGAGGAUUUUGCAAGAGCACAGGAGAAGUACAAGUUGAUGAAUGUUCUGGGCUUACAGAGGACUGCUCUCCUUCCCAGACCUGAAGAUCUUAUUGGCUGGAGACAAAAGAAACGUCUGCGGAAGCUGAAGGCCAACAACUAUUCACUGACUAAGAGGCGGAAACCACGCGUCAUCUCCCCAGUGCUACCUUACGGGAGUAUGACGAUGUCUCUUCCCCUCUGUAACCCUGUCAAUACUAAACUCCUCAACAAGACAGUGAAAACCAAGCCUGUAGUCCCAGUCAUCACAGAGAAGAUCGCGGCAAAGAGGCCGAAGACUGUCCUGAGACGUGUCCCUCCAACCGACAGGAGCAUGAGAAGUAAAGGUGUGUUACCAGACAUGUUCCAACCUGCGUCCAGGCCUUCCUUUGGGGGUAGAGAACUCAGACAGUCAGUGAGGAAGGGAGACCAUGGCCUCCUUUCUGCUAAGCAGCCUCUGCGACAUAACACCAACAAACCUCGCAUGAAAAACACAGUCAGGAUAAAAUCAGAACCAGCUGAAUACUCUAUCUCAGGUCUCACUCUUUCAUUAAAUGGUCAUUGUGGCAACACAUCUCACAGAUCCCCACCUUCACAGAGGAUGCCGGCCAGAAAUAAGGUCAAUGUGGAGGCAGUAAAAACACUGCGUUACAACAGCAGCCGACCUGCAACAAAGGCAAAGCUUAAACGAGGCUCCACAAAACGGGUCGAGAAAACCAAAUGUAAGACCAGGGAGGAGGGGAAGAAAGCAGGGAGUCAGCUGCAGAGAGGAGUCAUGGACACAAGACUGAGAGUGAAGGAUAAUGAACCAGGUGGCCUCCAGUUAUCGGAGUAUGGAACUCCAUCUUCCAUUUACAACCAUCCACUGUACAAAGUCAUUAAAGAGGAGCCAGCAGACCCAGUGCCAGUUGCUGGACCAUUCCCUGAUCCUCCCUCACCAGACCUGGGCAAACGCCAGAGCAAGCCCCCCAUCAAAUUACUGGACUCUGGCUUUUUGUUCAGCUUUUGUCGGUCUGCAGGGGGGCCCAUGCCGGGACUGAAGAAGGAGGAAGAGAGUGUGGAUAUCUGCUUAACUCGCUCUGUGUCACAAAUGGAGGAAAAAUUAAGAGCUGAAGAGCCUCCAUACAGGACGCUGAGGGCCAGAGGGCCACCCCCCCUGCCUGUGGUGAAGAGGGAGAGGCACGAGAGGAGAGUGAGCCAGAUUAGAGUUCAGAAACCUAGGGGAAACCCCCGAAACAACACGCUUCAUCCGACCAAAUCUGCUGGGACACGGGUCACACGGACUAUGUCAAAGCAAAAGGGUAAAGUCCUCGCUCUUAACAGCAGGAACUGUGUCAAGCUGGAUGCCGUACGACGGGCACGGCUAAAACAGCUUCGAGGGCCUCGCAGUCAAGCCCCUAAAGUCCCAAAGGCAGCCCAUACGUGUCUGCAGUGCUCAGCCUCCUACAAGGACUGUGAUGCUCUGAUCAUGCAUCGCCUCAGGCACAUUGAGGGCAAGCACUGGCCCUGUCCGCUCUGCAGUAAGACGUUCUUUCGACUAAGGAAUGUACGAAAUCACAUCCGCACCCAUGACCCCAAGUUGUACAAAUGCCGGAGCUGCAUUGUUGCUGGUUCCUGAGGCAGCUGGAGGGCCUGCUUGUCCACCGAAACUUGGGAUGAAGGCUGUCGAUGUCCGACGCCAACAAAGUGAUGUGAAACCAGAGGCACAUGAUCGAUCAGCAGCUUGUACAUAAUUCAUCUGUCACACACAAGCACAACUCUCUGCGGGAAUAAAGGCAUCAUUACUCUGAUUCUAAUCAUCGCCGUUAUCACUGAUUUGCUAACGAUAUUUAAAUAACCAAACCAAGGUUGCUGUUCCCGUUUUCGUUUCCAUAGCUACACAAGGUUAAACUUGAACAUUGCUCUCAGGGGGUGGGGAAUGUGUUGCCACGAUAUAAAGUGAUGCAACAUCACAAUUGUGUAUAAAAUGAAAUGUAAAGUGAUUGUUAUAACUAUUACCUGCUACUUAUUGGGGUUCAAUUACACCCGGUGUGAGGAUCCUAUUGUAAUUGCUCUGUUUAUUAUUAUUAUUAUUAUUAUUUUUCUAUGUAUAGAUGAAUUUUGAGUGCACUUAUUGCUUAUGUUGUAAACCUAAGAAGUGGUGAUGAAAUUGAAGGUGUGAAGGCAGAAAUACUUGAAGUUUUGCUAACGUUGGAGGGAAUUCUUGAAGUUGGAAGGGAUCACAGGAGUGACACUGUCCUUUGGCUGAUUUGUUGGGUCUUUGUCCUUGUAUGUGCUAACGACUUGACUAGUCUCCCUCCUUUCGUAUUGAUCCACUAGUCUCGCAUAGUCCACAAGUCGGGGGGCUGGUUUGGUGACAUCACUGCAUGUGUAUUUGCCGGGCCUUUUGUCGUCGACUGUUUUUUCUAAGGCUGCCGAUUUUAAGACAGGAAAUGCGUCUCGUUUUUAAUGUGAAAUUCUGAAUAGAUAUCAACACAACUGUUUUCAUUACUGGUUUUCCUUUCACUUCAAGCCAA